AUGUCGGCACGAUUUCUGUUGGUGCUUGUUUGCACUGCCGUGUUGGCGACGCUGAUCUCCGCGGGAGGGCACGGCGGUGGUCACAAGAAAGUCAUCAUCCACGUCCCACUGUACGUCAAGCAUCACCACCACAAGCACACCAUCGUCAAACAUAUCCACCAUAAGAGUGGUGGUGGCGGUGGUGAUGACCAUUACGAAGUUCUGGGAUACACCUAUGGAGAACCAAAGGCUGCGCCACAUGGUCACGGAUGGGGCGCUUCAGACGAAGGCCACGAUGGUGGUUAUGGAGAAUCCGUGGUCCACUUCGAAGGUGACCACGGCGGCUACGGAGGGGAAUCCGAGCAUGGAUACUGA